GCGCAUCUCGCCAUUGACCGGCUUCCUCGCAAACACGCCGCGGAGCACCGUCUCAUCGUAACGGAGCACCGGCGAGCUCGUGUGGCGAUGCGGGUAGAGCACGUAGCUGCCGUGCUAGAGCAGCUGCUGUCACCCGUGGGCAUCGAAACGUAUCCUUUCAAGAUCUCGUGGUACAACGAGUGCGUGCCGGAUGCCUUCAAGUUCCCGCACCAGCCGGACACGCUGUGUUUCGUGGCCAUCAGCACACCGUCGACGUUCGAGAGGGCCUUCUUGCCUUUCAUCCUGGACAAUCGCAACUCUUCGCUCAAGGACCCGUACGACCAGUGCAUGACGGCCUGCUUCGCCACAGUCAAGCAGGCUUUUCCUAAUGAUGUGCUGGAGGUGAUUCAAGAUUUUGAACUGCAUCCCAACCGGCGACCAAAGGUCAUCAUGCAGACUGCUGGUCAUGUGGCCGGUGCCGUGCACUAUUACAGCUGCAGGGGCAUGCAGUUUGACGAGGAGCUCCCACCGAAAAAGAGGCUUCUCGGUGUCAGCAUUCACCCGCGAUACGGCGGGUGGUUCGCAUUUCGAGCCGUCUUCAUCUUCCGCAACAUCGUCGUGCCCGAUCUCCAACGGAGGCAGCCGGUGGAUGUUGUUCGUUCCGACGACCAGCGGACAAACCUCGUGCGCCUGUUCAACUUCUCGUGGCGUGAUGGACGCUAUCGCGACAUCAUCGAUGUGGAGGAGCGCUACUCCGCGAAGCAGCAGGAAUACUUCAACACGCUACCUGCCCAAAGGUGGCAGCUCAUCGAGAAGUGGAGGCAAGAGGCUAGCUCCUGCAGACAGCUUUCCUGAUGACUGUUGCCCCUACUAGCUGGUGAAAUUAGUAGUUGCCAUUCCACAUCUCAGGAAAGGAGAGAGGACGUUUGAAGCACGGGAAACUUAUCCAGUUCCGCAAAAUUUUCUAUAGGUAACACGAAAACCAUGAUUUGUGUAAGUUGGUUUAUUUCACUGGAAGUGCGAUAGGGCAUCAAAGACAAAAGGUGCAAAAAAAGGAAUGUAUUGUGAAAUAGGGGCCCAUUUCCAGCAACUGCAUUUCGAAGGUAAUAGUACUUGCCCUGUUGGGUGUGCUUUUUGCAUUAUGUUGACAUUGCCAGCAAGUCAGCCUUCAGGCUAGUGCUUGUGUCUUUGUGUCGAUUUUUUCAUUGUUUUCUGGGUAUUGAUGGGUGGUCUUUGUAGCAUGGCCAGCUCCACCAAAUGCUUUCGUUAAAGGGAUACAGAACUGAACUUUUGCCACCAGGAUUGUCAGCCCAAUUGAAAGCUUGGGUGCUGAAAGUGGUUAACAGAACCUUGUGUUUGGGCAGAAGCUGGUGGAAAAUAAUGAAUUUAAUGCGUCUUUCACAAACAGCUGUGAACCAGAGGAGGUGACGUUUAACCCCCCCCCCCCCCUCGCCGGAAAACGGAGUCGCCAACCAUGCUGGCCGUCACCUGCGCCUCUCAACCUGCUCCACUCCAUCUUGAACUUCAUUAGUACAGCGCUACACUAGACACGGACAAAAGGGAGGAAAAUGAGCAACCUUUUUUCCAUGUCCAGUGUUGUGGUGUAACGACGUUCAAGAUGAAUCUCAACCAACUGGCCCAACUUGCCUUCUUGCUGCUGCGGUUCCUAGAACCAGUACAAACAACACUAGCAGCGAACAGUGCUUUCGGGUGGAGUACAUCUCAGUGCUUUUGUGGAAGGAGAAAGGGAAUUAGCUGGACAGGAAAGCGUGCACCCUGCUUCUGUCGCGAGGAUGCUUGACAUCACGCCCGUGAAUGUGCAGCUCUGUGACAUGCAGCCGCCACGCGAUCACAUUCCUCUAAAAAUACAGCCAUCUGUUAAAAAACAUGUGAAUCGAACUCUGUUUGCUGGAACAGUCACGUCUUACGUCUUCUGAGUGGAAUUUCAAUGUUUUCGGCAUUUCUUUCUAUUUCUGUUCAGUAUCCCUUUAAAAAGUGUGCAUCAGCAUUUGUGCUGUGUACAAGAAAAGCAGGUUGUGUGUGUGGUGUAAGUGCACAGGUAUAAUGACUGCUCUUAUUCAUACACUAUUUAUUUUCACCAGCCCUCAUGAGGGGAUCGAGUUGUGAUAUUGAUCUAAUGCUAAGUCCAUGAAUUAUCGUUCGAUUACUAUUUGAUGUUAUUGCGUGGGAUGUUUUGUGCUUAUCUGAUUCUUUCACACUGUACCUAAGAAAACCACAAUUUCCACCUCUUCUAUCACUCUACAGCGCAAAACUAGGGGGGCAGCCACUGUUCGCUUCUUUUCGCAGACAAAUGAAACAGUUGUUUGCUCUUUUUUGGGUUUACGAAAGAAACAGGUAAGCACCACACACCAAACGCAAGAAAUAAGCGGUCCACUUGUGUAUCUGAGACGACUGGAGGUUUUUCCUGACCAGAUUCUGCUGCAACGUGCCCCUUUUCAAAGUUCGUCAUGUGAAGUUCGGGUCUGGCACAAAACAGCCACCACAUUUCCUGCGCACACGGCACGCUCAUUUUCGAUAUCACCUCGAUUGGGGCUUUCAAUUUAAACGAAUAAUGUCUCAAAGAACAGGAGAGUUUAGUGAUUUCUAAAAUAAGGGGCAUGCCAUUAAUUGUCACGUCCUGCAACUUUCCACGUAAACAACUGCCCUCAAUUUAAUAAUAACAUUUAAUUAAAUAGUUUUUGUUAAUUACUCAUUCACUGUAACUUUGGGUGUGCAGUUUUUCCUGCCUCACCGUAGAGUUCGUGUGUGAAGACAACAGGUGCCUGACUGUCAUAGAUUUUUAAUUAAGAUCUGUGUUGUCUAAAAUGAACAAUGCCUUGUACGUUUAGCCUCUGGGCAAAGAUGUUCAGAAAAGUAAGAAGUCCAUUGACGCUUAGGAUAUUCUGUUAUGUGAAAUCGGAGUUUACCCUUAUCUAAAUGUGCUCCGAACUAGUUGCCAUCCCUGAUGACAUUGAGUAGAUUGAGAGCUGCCAUUGGUUCUCUGGAAGUGGGCAGUAUGUUUGGAUCCUUCCUACUGUGAUUGCAGUAUGUUUAAAUGAAGGGGUGUGCGAAUGUUAAAAAAAAUUUCAUAUGACUUGGUCUUUGAAUGAAAUACUAGCUAUUCAUCAAGGCAAAUAUUUUUCCAGUCUUUUAAUGUGUGAACUGUACCGAAAUAUACAAAAAAUUGGUGAAAAAGUAUGCCAUGUUUCACUCCCAUGGGCAUAGUAUUGGCAUAAAACAUAAGGAGUUUAAGUAGAACAGCCUAUACUUUACUGGCCUAUAGAAUGAUCAUUCGCAGUCAGUGAAGACUUUAGUGCAUGUAAAUAACUCGUUCAUUUGGCCCUGAUGUGUGUUUCUAGCCAUAAAAUUUUGAAUACUAGGAUGUGAGCACCAUGGUAUAUUAAUUGUAAAAUGCCCUGUUCAAUACUAAAAGACGUACUCGAAAUUCAAUUUCAUUCUUUCCUGGCACCACUAGUUCAAUCUAAGAAGUGUUCAUUUGUACAUCCUUAAUUAAUGAUGAAGCUAAUUAAAUGUGCCUUUGAUAAGGGUUGCACACUUCUGAGAGAGAUCUGCUUAUGCUGCAUCAGUAAGGACUGAAAUUGCUGCACUGUGUGCAUCUUGGAACAUGGAUUGGAAACAUUCUGCUCUUGAUAUCUAGCUAUACCCAUACUGAGAAGUUAAAAGAAUAUUUCUGUGAGGCACUUUAAUUUUUUUUUAUAAGAAUUCAUUGCCUUCCAAAAGCAUGUUUCAGCACAAUUAGCUGGUUGCUUACUGCUCAGUAACAACCAGCAGGUACUCUGUUUUUCCCUUGCAUACCUGAGUUUUUUCUCGUAUAGGUAACUGUAAAAAAACGUUCAGCGUCUGAUGUAAUAUGAAGUGGCCGUAACAGCCAGCUGUGGUGGCGUAUGCAGACCACAAUCCACUGGGUUGUCGAAAGAAUGAUGAAAUUGUGUUGAAAUUGUGGUGGUUGGAGUUGUGGUGAAAUUGUGCCGAAAGAAUGGAGAACGGUGAAACUGUGUCGAAAGAAUGGAGAACGGUGAAACUGUGUGUUGUGUCAGGUAAUACUCUUUCAUGCAUACAAGUGUUGUUCCGCAAAAGACAACUUUUGAUGGGAUGGCAUUAGGUGGUGAUGGUUGUACAAGAUGAUGUGAGCUGCUGUGCAUUUGUUAUGUUGAUGAUUUUAGUGGCCCACUUUGAUGACUGAAAGUUUUCUCUUGGUACGCACUGCUAUUCCAGGCAAACUGGCAUGUUGCAUUUACCUACCUGGGAAAUUGGGCGGGCUCGUAAUGAUUUAAUCUUGUUUGGAUGAUAUUGGUCACACCUCUGUCAGUGCAUGACAUGGUUGCGUUCAGCCAGGAGUGGGUGGAACUCAAGGAAGCUGAUCAUACAUUCCGCACAGCUGUUCCUGUGCAGUGGUGAAUGUGAGCUGUUUGCACAUUUCCAAGAUUCAUUUCGUGUUACUAGAGUUGAGCCCUUUCGUAAGAGACAUAACCAGUCUGUGUCCCUUAUACGAGGGGUCUCUUAUAAGUGGGCUCUCCAUUUUAUGAUCAAGCCUUAUUUUCAUCUAGGAACCCAGCGACUAAAAUAAGCAUUAAGGAAGGGCCUGUUGCUAGAUGCUUACGAUAUACCAUUUGCUCUAAUGUUGUGCUGUUUGCUUGGUGGACUGCCACACAGAGAACAUGUUAUCGACACGACGACAUUCUAGCAUUAUUUGAUCUUGCUUCCUCGGAAGUUGGCACGGUGGCUGGUUUGUGCCAGUGAAGGUGCAGCUUAUCGCUGUGCUCUCAUUUGCCAGGUAGAUUGGUCAACACUGUGCAGUGUGGUAGGCAGUGCACUCUUUCUAUUCUUCGGCCUUGUGGACACCACCACAUCUGCGGUACUUCUCAGCUAGGCGCUAUGUGAAUGAAAGAGCUUACCACACACUGCUUGUAUUUGCUCACAGAGACGCACACACUCACACCCUUAGCAACUUCUCUGCAUCGCAUUCCUAUUGCAGGGCUUCAGUGUUUCACAGCCUGCCGAUGCACUCUGCGUUUAUAAAUCAUGAGCGCACACAUCUGUGAUAAUUAAGUGCCGUUAAAGGGACACUAAAGGCAAAAGUCGACGUUGAUUGUCGAAAUAGCGUUCCAGAAACCUUGUAGUGCUUGUUUCGUGCCAAGGAAAUGCUUAUUUUGAAUGAAGAUCACGUUUAAGUGGUCAACACAGCAUUAGCGCACUUCAAAUCGCGCACCAGAAAAGGCCUCCUGACGUAGCGUUUGCCUUGCCCAAUGUUGCCUGCCUUUACUGCCCGGCAACCGACGCUGUGGUUUCUGCUCUGAAGGGCACAUUACACAACAUCACAUAGACACUGCAUUUCAUCGAAAAUUCCGUUAGAGCAACUUUAAUGAGCAUGCAAGGCAGGCCCGUAGCCAGUGGGGGGGCCCAGCACCCCCCCCCCCCGAAAUUUUGAUGACACAUGGUGUUUUAUCGAAAGUAAAUGAUGAAUAUAGGCGUUUUUUUCAAAUAGUCAAGGUUUUCAACAAGUGGGCCCCCCCAAAAAAAAUUCCUGGCUACGGGCCUGAUGCAAGGCACACGCAGCAGUACGCGAUAGCGAAACUACGACUGAGAUGCAACCAUGCAAGCAGAGCGCAGCCCUGCGAAAACUGAACUUUUGCACAACCCACACCGUUCUCUACUGCGACGUCAAGUUCUAUUUUCCACGAAUCGAACAGAAACUCGCAAGCACCAUUUUAUCACGUCUUGCAAUGCUCGGAAUGUUCUUUUUUUUAUCAUGAGUAAUAGCUUGAAUACUAGUGAUAACUUGUACUCUGGACUCUUGACAUCACGGGCUCGUUCCAAAACGCCCCCGCUGGUGGCACAUAUAGUGUCCUACAUUUACCUUAAUUCUCGAUUACUAGAGCACUGCUAUUGAUAAUAUGACAUUUUAGACAUUCUAAUUGACCUUUCACUCUUACAUAAAUUUCUCUUUGCUUUAACGUCCCGUUAAGUGCUAAUGGCACUGCAUUUGAAGUUGAAAUGUGUGCAGGGGUGAGACGUCUGCGCAUAUUGUGCCUAUUU